AAAUACCCACCCCCACCCUUCACACAAACACAUUAACCCUAACAAACACAACAAAAACUAUACUUCUAUUCUCAUUAUCUCUUUCUUGCAACAAUGGAUUCCAACUACAACUCCUCCUCCGACGGUCAAGAACAACAACACCGUAACUUCUCCCGCGACGAGAACCAAUCUUCUUCCAAGUCAUUGACCGGCAAGGUGGCCAACGCUGCUGGUGACAUUCUCAACGCCGCCAGUAGCAAGUUUGAUGACAAGGGUGCCAUCGGCCAGUACGUUGACAAAGCUGCUGAUUAUCUCCACCAGUACGACUCCACCACCACCGACAAUACCGGUCGAACCGGUAGCGGUCAUGGUAGUAGUGACACUUACACCGGAAGUGGCUAUGGUAGUAACAAACAAAGUGGUUAUGGAGGUGGAGCCUAUGGUAGUGGUGAUGGUCGUUCUAGUGGCGGAUACGGUGACAAAAGCCAAUCUGGUGUAGGCUAUGGUGGUGGUGAUAGUCUUUCUAGCGGUGGAUAUGGUAGUAAAGGUAAUUCUGGAAGUGGGUUUGGUAGUGAUGGUCUUUCUAGUGGUGGAUAUGGUGGUGGUAGUCUUUCUAGUGGUGGAUAUGGUGAGAAAAAGAAUUCUGGGAGUGGUUAUGGUGGUAGUGACACUGGUGGAUAUGGUAAUAAGAGCCAUUCUGGUGUUGGAUAUGGGAGUGAUAGUGUUUCUAGUGGUGGAUAUGGUGAUAAAGGGCAUUCUGGAAGCGGGUUUGGUUCGAGUGGAGGGUAUGGUGAUGGAGGACACUCAAAUAGUGGGUAUGGUUCCACUGGAGCUGGAGGUUAUGGUGAUGGAGGUCGUACUAAUAGUGAAUAUGGUUCUGGUGGAGGGUAUGGCGAUGGAGGACGUUCUGGUGGAAGCUAUGGUGGCGACUAUCGUUCUGGUAGCAAUAACAGUAGUGGUGAUGGACGCUCUGGGGGAGGAUAUGGGAAUGAGAGUUAUGGGAAUGAUAGUUAUGGAAGUGGUGGGUAUGGUAACAAGGAGGGUCGUUAUGGAGGUGGACAAGGUUAUAGAGAUUAGAAGAAGAUUCAUCAAGGUCAAGUUUGGAAGCUACCAGAGUUUUCUUGACCAAAAGUUAAAGACUGAUUUCUUGAGUGGUGCUGGCUAGGGCUUGCAGCAUGUAUCUAUAUUUAUGUAUAUUUUGUUAUGAAUAAGUUUGAGGCACACUUUAAAUUUUGAGUGCUUUUUUGUUUAGGGUGGAAGGCAAUGUAUUGUUGUGGCUAGCUAGCUGCAUGUUUAUGUUGUCACGUACAUUCGUCCUAGUUUUGUUUUGUUUUGGACUUCUACUAUACUAUAUAUAUAUGCUAUCCCACCCUGUAAUAUUGGAGGUGAUGUUUAUGCCAUGAAAAUGUAUAUGCAUUUGAUCAUGUGUUAAUAAAAACAAGUUUAUUUCAUUUGCU